AGAAAAACGUUCAAACAGUGAGCACACACAAUUUUUUGGAGCGAGACACAACAAAACAACACCACAAAACAGUCCAAGUAUUUGAAGAAAAAAAAAAUCGACACAGCAUAUAAUAAAAGUAGAAAAAGAAAACAGACACAACAGCAAAGAUAAAAAGUAAUAAAAAGAAUUGUAUGUGCACUGAGAAAGCAUAGAUCAACAAUACUUUGAACGAAAAAAAAGUACAUUUCCGUUAAACAGAAACGUGCGUCCGUCUGAAGAAAAAGAAGAUAAAGCGCCCGCGGGGAAAUUAUUGCUAAAAUUCUGCGCAGACGAAAUUUUUGUCACUGAUUUUAAUUGUGAAUUUUAUGCAUUAUAUUUUUCCGUUUGGUUUGUGUACAAGUUUGAGUUUUGGAAAGGCAAGCGAAAGAGAAAAAAAUAAUUACUCAACAAUAUCAGACUAUUAAUUGACAUAUUGAAAGUGUGAAACUGUGAAAUAGAAAAAUAAAACAGAGAAAAAUUUCCACAAAAUUUCGGUGCAAAAGAAGAACAAGUUUGCUAAAAAUUGAACAAAAAAGAACACGUGACAACAUCAAGAUCGAAAAAGUUUCAUUCAAGUGUUGAACCAAAAUCAGAAUUGUUCCAUUAUUUUUGAGCUGUAAAUUUUGAAUAAAAAGAUAAACCAUGAUGAUGGCAACGCAUCCACACUACGGUUUCCUGCCUGGCGGAUUACAAAUGCCACAGCACGGCGAUUAUGCACCGCAACCGUCGCAAUCGCCCAAUGAUCAUUUGUCCAUCAAACGUGAACCGAACAACUAUCAAUCGGCAAAUGGUAUGAUUCACUCAUCGAGCAUGGGUCAAUCGCCACCAAAUAACAAUUUAAACGGUGUUCAAAUGUCUCCAGGCGGUGAUGGUCACAUCAAACGGCCAAUGAAUGCAUUUAUGGUGUGGUCUCGUUUGAAGCGUCGUCAAAUUGCCAAAGACAAUCCAAAAAUGCACAAUUCCGAAAUCUCAAAACGUUUGGGCGCCGAAUGGAAACUAUUGACUGAGGACGACAAACGUCCAUUCAUCGAUGAAGCAAAACGUUUACGCUCCGAACACAUGAAAGAUCAUCCCGAUUACAAAUAUCGGCCACGACGAAAACCAAAGAAUCCAUUGUCAGCCGCAAAUGGUGCCGUUGGUUUAUCGAGUUUGGGUGGCAUUUCAAGCGCUGGCAAGGGUCACAUUAGUGCUUCAUACAAUCCAUUCCAUCAGUUAUCAGUACCACCAUACUUUGCUCCAUCGCAUGCCCUUGAACAGUAUCCAUACUUCAGCGGUUUUGAUCCAUUGACUUUGUCAAAGUUCCAUCAAUCACAAAAUGCUGGUAGCGUACAGCCAACCGCAUUAGAAGCACAAAAAGCGCCACAGUUACCUCCAACCUCGUUGGGUUCAUUUUAUUCGGGCAUUUAUUCCGGUAUGUCCGCCGCCGCUGCACCAUUAUAUGCAGCCCAUGCAGCCAACAGUAUUUACACGUCAUCUACAUCAUCCACAUCACCUGGCUCAAGUCCCGGCGUCGGAAACGGUAGUCACAAUACUCAAACCAACGGCAACACAACCACAUCAAAUAUGGACGUUAUGGAUAUACGAAGACCGGUACAAGUAAUUUACUGAAAUUCACCAAUUGACUGUUAAUUGAACAAAAUGAUUCCAUAAGAGAACACUUGGUUUUUGUCUAGAUAAAAUUGUUCCAUCAGCAUUCAUGAUCUUCACAAAGAAAGAGGAACAAAUAAACAAACACUGAGAAACAAAUCCAUACAAAACGUUAGUAGAAAUUAAAAAAAAAACUGGCAACAUUCAUACAUGAAAUGUGCUCGUCGUUGUUGUCAUUUGCUGUCGAACGUUACGGAAGACGUUGUACAAACAAAGUAAAUAUCAUUAUUGUUAUUCGGGACUUAAAAACUAUUCGCAAGACAGUAUUAUUCAAGCUUCAAAUGAAUCUUACAAAAUACCCAACAUUUUUUUGGAUCUUGUCGAACAGUCUUUGAAUUCUGCAUAAAAAUAGAUUUACAUUCUUAAAAUUAAUUGAUUAUCAUUAUUCUAACAAUUAUUAUUGAAUAUUGCACCCUGAGAGACAGAAAAAGUAAAAAAAAACGAUUGAGUAAAUCAAACUGCAGGAGAUGAAAAAAAAAACAAAAAACAAAA